AUUUAAUUUUUAAAUGAACGGACAAGUCCUUUAAACACUGUGGUAAUAAGCCCAAUCCAAUGGGAAUAUUUGCAUAAAAAUUAUAUACAUACAAGAAAGAUGGACGAUACAAUUCAAUUAUUAAGUACCAUGUCCCCAAAAGUUAAAGAAGGAUAUAAAGCAUCCAAAAAAGACUUUUAUUUAGGGACAUCAGUAUUAGCUUUAAAAAAGCACUUUCGAAGGUCUGCUGCAUUUGAUAAACAAACCAUAAAGACUGAGAACGUAGUAGAAUGCAGUUCAAAUUCAAGUUCUUUAAGUGAAUCACCAAAAGUACAAAGAAAUGUAGCUUAUGAUGUAAUUGAAAUAUCAGAUUCUGAAUGUUCAGAAUCAUCUGCUGAUGAACAACCACCACCCAAGCCAACACCAUCAUUGGUGCAAACAGUUAAAAGGAACUUGGAGAAAGAACUGGAAGGUGUUGUGAGUGUACCUUUGAGCAAGCAAAAGAUGCAAGACAUUCAAAGCUGGAUUGGUAAACUUCCAAGUGAAUCUCAAAGUGAAAGAAUGAAUUUAACACAAUUCAGUGAGGUUUCAACAAUAUUUGGUGAUGAAGUUGGUGGCAAUUUUCAAAUAGAAGGAGCAGCAAUUGCUGUGAAUUCUACCCAACUCACCACUGAUGUUUGUAGAUUUGAUGAAUUAUUCAAAAAACCAUCUUCACUUAAAAAGACUGAUGAGACUGAAUACAAUUUUAAAACAGGAACUCAAGAACAAAAAGACAAUGAUUUCAUAGAAAUUAACAACUCAUUAGGAAACUUGUGUAUUGAGGACUCAUUUGAGGAGAGGGUGCAGAAAAGGCUCAGCAAUGAAAAUUCUAAAGGUAGCAACUUAAAGUGUGCUGAAAUUGAACAAAGCACAGAGGAAGUGGAGUCUUUGCUGGACAAUUUAUAUGGGACAAGUUGGAGAGAAAAUAGAGAGACAGUCCUACCCAAAUCUGAGCCCAAGAAAAGGAAUGUGUUGAAGCCAGUGGUUGCAAAUGUGCCAAAAACAGAACAAAAACCCACCAGACCUUUCAAUUUGCUGAAAAACUUACAGAAAAAUACUUUAAGUAAAAAAUUUGAGUCUCCAUGGGCAGAUCGAUUAAAAUACCUUUGUGAUACUGACACAGAAUCAGAUGAUUCAGACAACAAAUUAGUUAGGACAAAGCUGAAUUUUGAUAAUUUGGAUGCAGAUGACAAAACCUCCAAGUACUUUAAAAAAUUUACAGAGGACAUUAAUAAAGAAAAUGAUCCUGAUAUGUCUGACUUGGGUGCAAGUUUGGAAGACAGAAUAACUAAAAAAUUAAACAAUAUAGAGAUUAAAAAACCUGUGAAGACAAAAGGUGUCAAUAAGAAACCUGACAGUACAAAACAUCCAACUACAAAUAAAAAAACUAUUUCGAAAAAAACAGCAAAAGUUGAUGAUAGUACCUCUUCAUCUGGUGAAGAUGUUCCCUUUAAAAAAGUAGGUAAGGCAAGAAUCAGAAGCAGUGAUUCUAGUGAUGAUUGGUUCACUGAUACAUCUGAUGAAAAAACUGAGAAGGCUGUGAAAAAAGAAACGUACACGUUUUUAGAGUCCCUGUCAGCUUCUGUUCCUUUGGAGAAAUGUGAUAUGGCGGUGAGGCUGUACCGAAAAAACUUUAAGCAGAACAAAGAAAAACUGGCGGCUGCCCUUUUUACCUUAUAUAAUGAAGAAAUAUUUGAAAAGAAAAUACCUGCGGACAUUUCAAUUGACUGGAAUGACAGAAUGAGGGGAUCUGCCGGUUUUUGUUUUUGUAAAAAGAUCACAAGAAAGUCGGGGAAGAUAGAAAGAUCCGUUAGAAUCCAAUUAGCAACGAAAGUCGUGGAUUCUCCUGAUAGAUUAAGAGACACAUUGGUGCAUGAGUUGUGUCAUGCUGCUACUUGGAUGGUCAAUAACGUUUCAGAUGGCCAUGGGCAUUACUGGAAAGCUUGGGCGUCAAAAGCUAUGAAACGAUUCCCGGAGCUUCCGCCGAUAAAGAGAUGUCACGAUUAUCAGAUUAAGACAAAGUACACCUACAAAUGUACAAAGUGUGGCUACAGUUUUGGAAGACAUUCAAAGUCGCUGAACACAGAUCAGAAGCGGUGCGGUUAUUGCCAUGGCCAAUUCGAGGUGCUAAUAAACAAAACGAGCAAAAGCGGCGAAACGAAAACUGUGCCAGUCACUCCGAGAAAAGAACCCACAGCUUUCUCAUUAUUUGUCAAGGAGAACUACGCGAAAGUAAAAACACCACUAAUGAAACACGCGGAGGUGAUGAAAAUUCUGGGACAGAAAUUCGGGGAACAGAAGCAAAAUAAUUGAAGGUUUUUAUGUUCAACAUUGGAUAAUGUAUUUUAAUGUUUCAUUAUGUAAUAAUGUAAACUUUGUUUAAUGUUGAUUAUUAGUAUGAUAUUAUAAAAAACGAUCUUAAACAAGUAUAAGAUAUAAACAAUAAUGUAAUAUUCUUAGAUCUUCAAAAGAUUUAUGUAAAAAUUUGAAUAAAUAUUUGCCUGGU